CGUCAUUUCCUGGUUUCCUCACAACAUGGCGCUUUAUUUUUUAGGCGAAUAAAAAGCUUUAGUGCCGAAUAUAUUAUUUGUUUUACUACAUACCAGUUUGAAAUAUAGGUUAGCUUGAUAUAUGACAGAACAUCGCGCGAGGUUUUAGAGACUGGAGCGAAGGUGAGGGUGGGUGUCCCUACCAAUAUUGAGACCAAACCUACGCCCUUGGUGUGAACCCUGAAUAAUCAACACUGUAGUUGUGUGUUGGAUAAAUUACGACGGUUAAAUCUUUUUCAGUCUCAAUAAUUCCGGGGUUUAUUUUCAUGGAGUUGAGCAGUGAGUUUUAAAUCAUUUCUGGGAGAUUAAUUUGAGAACAAGGCAGUUCUAAUGGAGAGACGCACAGGAGAGGGUACUCACGCUCAGUGGGUGCUGUCUGAGCUCAACCACCAGAGGGGGCUUGGAAAGUUCUGCGACGUGAUGCUCAACACUCAAAGCGGUCAGAUGUUCCUGGCCCACCGCAGCAUCCUCGCUUGCUUCAGCCAAAUGUUCAAGGACUUGCAUUCCUCCACAUCGUAUACACAGAUCAACCUUCCACAAGACUGUCCUGUCGAUGGCCUCGAGCUGCUGCUGCAUUUCUUCUACACUGGCGAACUCCAGCUAAACAGCGAUAACGAGGCGAAGGUUCGACGUGCUGCGAACGGCCUGUCUGUUCCCAAUAGGUUCAUUCCUGCACAGGGUUCAGUCUGCAGUGAAGACGUCGAAGGGAAGCCCCCUUUCCCCUCGUUGACCGAGGACACCAAACCUGACUUGACUGCGAUACCACAAUCAGCAUCUCAACAGGAGGCGAAAAGCAAUGGAGAAACCUCAGCGAGGCCAGAAGCAGCAGUUGCGGAGCUUGAUGAGUCUCCCAGCACCAGCUCAGCCACGGUGACUCGCUCUGGCAGGAGGGUGAGGGGUCCAAGCAGGCUUUCCAGAGAGAAUGCUGUUCCUGUAGACCCAAAACCAAGUGCAAAGAGAAAAAGAGCUGCAGCUCUCGAGGCCAAGGAUGAGGACAUCAUCCUUACUGAUGGAGAACAGACCAGUUACCAAAUGCCAAUUGAGGCUGAAGACGGACCUGGUGAUAAUCUGAACGAUGCUGCCGAUGAAGACGAUGAGGACAGCGUGGGGAUUUUUACCGAGGACACGGACGAAGAGUACAUGCCUCGCGAUUCGCCCGUCACAUCUCAUAAAGGUCCACAAAGUAAGCGUAAACCGAAAGGAAGUUCCGGCGGUAAAGAAAACGGAGGCGGCUCUUCGAAAGAUACACACAAGGGUUCUGUUCAGUGUCCUACGUGUCACAAAACAUUCCUCAGCAAAUACUACCUGAAAGUGCACAACAGGCGGCACACGGGGGAGAAGCCGUUCAAGUGUGGAAAAUGCGGGAAAUGCUAUUAUAGGAAAGAGAAUUUGCAGGAGCACGAGGCCAGGAACUGCCUCAGCAGGACUGAUAUGAUGUUUUUCUGUUCCACAUGUCCGAUGAGCUUUAAGAGGAGACAGGAGCUGCGUAUGCACACAGUCACACACACGGGCGAGAUGCCCAAUAAGUGCACUUCAUGCUCGGAGCAGUUCAUGCAGAAGAAAGAGCUCCGAAACCAUAUGAUCAAAGUGCAUGGAGCUCCUAAACCACAUGCAUGCCGUCUGUGUCCCAAAUGCUUCCUGUCGAGUACCGAGCUGCGCCUCCACGAAGCCGCCAAGCACCGGGGGGAGAAGCUGUUUGUGUGCGAGGAGUGCGGCCAUCGAGCGUCCAGCCGCAACGGCCUACAGAUGCACAUCAAAGCCAUUCACAGGAAGGAGCGUCCGUUCGUGUGCGAGAUCUGCAAUCAUGCCUUUACUCAGAAGGUCAAUCUGAACAUGCACCGACGCACACACACGGGAGAGAAACCGUAUCAGUGCCACCUCUGCGGCAAGACCUUUCGCACUCAGGCGAGCCUGGACAAGCAUAAUCGAACACACACGGGUGAGCGGCCAUACAGCUGCGAGUUCUGCGAGCAACGGUUCACUGAGAAAGGACCACUGCAGCGCCACGUAGCCAGCAGACACCAAGAGGGACAGCCACACACCUGCCAAAUCUGCAACAAGUCCUUCAAAGCUAUCGAGCAGCUUCGCGUACACGUGCGGAGACACAAAGGCAUGAGGAAUUUCGAGUGCACCGAGUGUGGCUACAAGUUCACCAGACAGGCUCACUUGCGGCGGCACUUGCAGAUCCACAACCGUGUGGAGAACUACAACCCACGCCAGAGGAAACUGCGCAACCUCAUAGUGGUGGAAGCUCCUGCAGCAGGACAGGACCAGGCAGACGAAGCAGAAAGCGUGGCGCAGCCAGACUCUGGCAGCAUGAAGGAUGCCGAGCAGGAAAGCUUCGGCAUGGAUGACGUGAUGGAGGUGCUGGUGACGGACACGUUUCCCAUUCAGUCAGAUAUGGUGGUGGAGCUGCAGGGUGACGGGAAAGCUUGAAGGAGAACAGAAGAGCAAGGUGCUGAAAGGUGCAACGCUAAGGCCAGUUUUGUUCAUUUCUGAGGACGGGCACAAGCGAAACGAACGCAGGAUACAUACAAAGCAUCUUUGAUUCAGCUUUUCCAAGAUACAAACAAUAUAUUUAUUGUGGUGUAGGUUCCAGCUAUGCUCCUACACUACUUUCGUCUAACUAUAAAGGCUCUCAGAUGAGUCAGGACUAGAAUGAAGGAUUUAGAGCAUAAAUAUGCCUUUAUAUUCCACAAAUAUAGCAUGGGAUGCAUUUUCACAAAAUCAUUACGAUAUUCAAAUUGGAUAUUUGUGUGGCGGCCUGGGAAAACCCCUCACGUGGUGAAAUUUGCUUCAAGACAUCUUUAGACAGACUUGUUUUGUUUGUUAAACUGACUCCUCACACAACAUGACUUUUUCAGAAUGGAGUCAGUCAUCGCUUAUUAUUAAGUAGUGCUUACACCAGCUUUUUCUUUUUUUUAACUCCUAUGGUCAUCAGCAUGUGCUAGGAUUUUCUUGUUGGCAAUGUUGACAGCUCUGGUCGAGAAGUCAGUGUAUGUUAUAGGUGGAAAAAUCCUAAACCAACCCCAAAUUUAGCGUUAUGUUUUCAGGCUGCUUGGCAGAAUUAAGCCACCACAACAUGGGGUAUUCGGGCCCAGGGAUGUCCAGUCUUAUCCGCAAAAAGCCGGUGCAGGUUUUCAUUCCAACCAAGCAGAAGCUACACCUGAUUGCACCUGUUUAAGCAGGUGAUCUUGGCUUUCCGUAGUCACCGCUGUGGCUUCUGCUUGGGUGGAAUGAAAACCUGCACCCAUACCAGCCCCUUCAGGAUAAGAUUGGACACCCCUGUUCUAGAUACUUUUGUAAAAAACAAAAACACUGACACAGUUUUGGGGAAAUACAUUUAUGGUUGAGCAAAAGUGUCAAAAUCUACAGAUUAGUCAUAACAUUUACCAUUUUUGAUACGGGAGACCUGAAAUCUACACUGCGACAGCUGAUGGGUUUUCCUACAUCGUCACACUUAUGUAUAUAUUUGGUCAAUGGUUUGUCCCAAACAUUUCAUAUGCAAAUACUAUGAAAAAAAAACAAAA